AUGGCGAAACAAAACGAUACCGUCAAGCGGCUCCCCGUCGACGACGUCUCUCAAGACGAUCAAACCUCGGAGUCAGACUUUAGCGAUACAACAUCCAACUACUCGACGAUAUCUGAAGAAGCUCUUCCCCUGAUCUACGAGUACGGCCACACAUACCACGGCACCGGCCAGUUGCUCACCCCCAACGACGCCUCCGAAGCCCACCGCCUAGCCGUCCAGCACGAGCUCUACCAAUUAUGUCUCGACGGCGGCCUCGUCGAUGCCAAACUACCCCUCGACCAGUACACCCCCCAAGACCCCUUCGAGAUCCUAGACGUGGGCGCCGGCAGCGGCGUCUGGGCCUGCGACAUGGCCAAGCGGUAUCCCCAGGUCAACAUCCUCGGCAUCGAUCUCAGCAGCGCCCUGCUCCCCGAAGACGUGCCCCCCAACGUGACGUUUGAGAUCGCCGACGCUACGGAUCCCUGGCCCGCACGCACCUACGACUUUAUCCACAUGCGCAGUCUUGCCGGCGCCGGCGUGCGCGAUUGGGAUUCCUUGCUUGCUGAAGCAUACGAGCACCUCAAGCCUGGCGGUCAAUUGGAGGUUACAGAGAUUCGGCCGCAUUUUUUCGACGUUGAUCCUGAACAAGCAGACCUGCCCUGCGAGGAUAGAAAGCCCGAGAUUGGUGCGGCGUGUAUAGAGUACGAGAGGACCUUUGUGGAGAUGUGCGACAAGCUUGGCAUUGAUUACGAUCCUAUACCGAGAGUUCCUGGACGAUUAUCUGGACUGGGCGCAGAGUUUAUUUGUGAGAGAGUGGAUUGGCUGCCGAUACAGAAUUGGAGAAGUGAUCCCGUCACCCAGCAGAAGCGCAAGGCAUUGGCCGAGAUGAUCGAAUGCGGAAUAGAGAACUGGACAUUGAGAUUAUUCGGUUUGGGAGGUUGGGAAGAGAAAGCUACGAGAGCUUUACUCGAUCGUGUCGUAGGCGAGAUGCAAGAUCCCAUGCUACGCAGUUUGGCCACAGUAACAUUUGUCUCGGCUCGAAAAGGGAUGGGUAAUGGGAAGCAUAUAUAA